CUAACAGCUUCCUCCCUCCGUGUCCUCAGAGGCGUGCUGGCGGCCGCGAGGAGACUCAACCUGACGUCCUACUUCCACUGGGUGGCGUCAGACGGAUGGGGGAAACAGAGCCACCUGGUGGAGGGCCUGCAGGAGGUGGCUGAGGGCGCCAUCACCGUCGAACUUACCAGCCAGGUGGUGAAGGGCUUCGACACCUACAUGGCCAACCUCUCGCCAGAGACCAAUACCAGGAACCCCUGGUUUAAGGAGUACUGGGAGACCUUCUUCGGCUGCAAGCUGGGUCCUCCCGGCACCGACCUGGCCUGUCCCACCUCCCGGAGGAUUACUACGGAAGCGGGAUACCAGCAGGACCCCAAGGUCCAGUUCGUGGUGGACGCCGUCUACUCUUUCGCCUACGCGCUGUCUAACCUUCAGCAGAGUAAGUGCCCGGGCGUCACCCACGUCUGCGAGUCUAUGAACAAGUUCGACGGCGGAGACUUCUACAGAGAGUACCUCCUCAACGUGUCCUUCACCG